AUGGACCUUAAUUUUUAGAAUAACUCAUUCUUCUAUUAAUGUUUACGAGGCCCAUAGUCUACCAGAAGAAAUUCGACUCCUCGGAAAAGACACACAUAGCCUUAAGCAAACAUCUAAUUAGACUUAAGUCUAUUGCAUCACAAUAGCAACCUAGCUGAUUCUGCGAUUGUUAGUGUCUCCAGAAAUCGGUAAUACAAAGAUGUUCACUGUGCUUAAACAGUAGAUAUAUUAAAGAAAGAAUUCCAAAUCAGAAAACCGAUGUUAACGAAUAAAAGUUCAAAUGUUCACAGAUAAUGUACUCAAAUCAACGACCUCAAUAAAUAACUUAUUUUAUUAGAUCACACAAAGGAUCAAUCAGAUGUUAUACUAUAAUAUCUACCCUAAGGUUAAUAAUUUCUAAAUAGGACCAAUUAAUCAAUUCUGUAAGCUUGGAUACCAACUUUACCAUAAGAUGAAAGGAAAUAAAUAGAAAGGAACAAAAGGAACUUUCCCAUACCCAGAAACAUUGCAUUUCAUGAAAUUAUUGAUGGAUUAAAUAUAAUAUAUGGAUAAGGCAAGAAUAGGAGGUUAUGGCCUGGAGAAGAAGCCUUGUUGAUGGAGACAAUCAGAUUAUACAUAGGGAAGAUACUCCAAAAUCCAAAAUUGCUAAUGCAUAGUGUACCAUUCACCCUUCAAUAAAUCAUCAAAAUAUCAGGAUUGACAGAAAUAGCAAAUUAUUCAUUUUGUAUGCUUUAAUUGGAAUGUCAUUGGAAAAUGAUGAUCACCAGAUUUAGAUAUAGUGGAAGUAAAGAAUUGAAUAAAAAGUCUUGGCAGCACUGGCUUGAAUUAGCCCAAUUAAGAGGACACUUCUUAAAUUUACAAAGUGAUAAUGCCUUAACUUAGUACCUAUUAAAGCAUCAACAAACAGAAUGA